AUUUCAAUUUCGGAUCAACUGGUUUCAAGUUAGUGUGGGGGUGGAAUCGAAGACUUUCUUGGAGGGAAGUCUCUUUGGUUUACCGUAAAACCAACACUUUUUUAUUCUACGGUAAGUCAUUUCUGAAUCCUCAAUGUUGGUUUGUUUUGUUAAGAGUAAUGAAUAAUCAUCAAACUGACCAUUUGGGGAUCUUCCCGGAGGAAGUUAUUGUCCAGAUUCUUGCACGAUUGCCAGUAAAAUCACUUGCCAGAACAAAAUGCGUUUGCAGACUCUGGAAAACCCUAAUUUGCGACAAAUACUUCGCUCAGAUCUACAACGAAGCAUCGAUCCGAAACCCUAUGGUUCUAUUGGACGCAUGCGAGUCCUCAUCCGCCGGCGGCUUGAUCUGCGUCGACAAUAAAGUUGGCGUAUCUGAAUUAUCUCUCGAUUUCGUAAGAGACAGGGUGAAAGUUAGGGCUUCUUGCAAUGGGCUGUUGUGUUGUUCAAGCAUACCUGAUAAAGGUGUCUACUAUGUCUGUAAUCCCAUGACUAGAGAGUAUAAGCUUUUACCCAGAAGUAGGGAAAGACACAUCACUAGGUUUUACCCAGAUGGCGAUGCCACACUAGUUGGCUUGGCUUGCAAUUUGUCAACACGACGUUAUAACGUUGUUCUGGCCGGGUACCAUCGGUCAUUCGGGCACCGGCCUGAGAGGAAUUUCAUAUGUUUGAUCUACGAUUCGGAAUCUAAUAAGUGGAGGAGAUUUGUCUCCUUCCAAGACCACCAGUUCAAGCAAAUGAACAAGAAUCAGACGGUUUUUGUUAACGGGUCGCUACACUGGUUGACUGACACCGGUUCUUGUGUUUUAGUCCUCGAUUUGGCCAGUGAUGUUUGGCGGGAAAUCCGACUGCCGGACGGAGUGGGUUGCACGGUCGGAAACCGGGUUUACUUGCUGGAAUCGGACGGGUGUUUGUCUGUUGUACGGAUAUCAGAUGCUUGGAUGAUGGUUUAUGUUAUGAGAAGCUAUGAAAAGGAAGAAUGGGACUUGGUGGAUCGAGUGAGUCUGAGAUGCAUAAGAGGGAUGGUUCCCGGGGUGUUUCCUAUAAGUCAAACAGGUGAAUGUGUGUUUCUUGCCACACACAAGCAGGUUUUGGUGUAUAAGACAAAGAGCAAGGUGUGGAAGGAGGUGUAUUCUGUGAAGAAUGUGUCCAGGCUGCCUUUAUGGUUCUCUGCUUAUCCGUUUCGCAGCACAAUCUUUUCAUGUCAUUGAAUUCUCCUUUAAUUUACUUCUUUUAUGUUGAUAAAUUGAUGGCCUUUUGGGGGUGUAUUGAUCAUUUGAGUCUUGUAGUAUUUGGCAAUCUUGAGUUUAAGGCAAUGUAAAUAAAAAUAAGAUGCCAACUUAUCCUCCAGUUGUGAUAUUCUUUUACUAAAAUAAACUGAGAAUAAGGUUGUAUGGUGUUUACAAUCUCAACAGUAUCAAGUGGUAUUCCGAGCUAA